GCAUCAACCACCCAACGUUCAGCUUUCUUUCACAAUCGGGAGAUCACCAUGACAUUUACUGCAUAUCCAAUAGGUGAUUGGUUGUGUGCAUCUCCCAAGGGUGUUGCCGAGACAUUAGCUGAUGCCAAACCGCAAGGCUAACUGAGAGUCAAGUCCGUGCCUCCGUGCCUUCAUUCUGACGUAUUGCAUACUACAUCUGUACAUCAAACUAUAUCAACCUUAUCUACUAUCCUAUCUCCUUUUUGACAUCGUGUCACCAUCGUUCAGAUCGGUUUGCCGAGAGCAGCUGUAUCACAUACCACAUUGCCAUUUCUCAGCUAUUCCAAUCCACUCACUCGUGUGUCCAUCAUGGCGCGCAGAGAAAGCACCAAGCAGAACCUCUUCGUCGUCUCCAACCGUCUCCCCUUGUCGGUCAAGAAAGCUGAUGACGGCUCCUACCAAUCCUCCCUGUCCGGCGGCGGCCUGGUCACUUCGCUGUCGGGACUCACCAAAACCACCCAAUUCAGCUGGUUCGGCUGGCCAGGCCUCGACGUCGCCGAAGAGAAGGACCGGGAGUCGCUUCGCAAGAGCCUGGAUGAACACAAUGCGAUUCCGAUCUUCCUAGAUGAUGAGUUGGCGCACGACCACUACAACAACUUCUCCAACUCAAUCCUCUGGCCUAGUCUACACUACCAAUCUGGUGUCUCCUUCGAAGAAGGCCCCUGGGAGUCGUACAAACGUGUCAACGAGAUCUUUGCCGACACGAUCGCCGAGCGAGCCCUCCCGGGUACCCUGAUCUGGGUCCACGACUAUCAUCUCAUGCUUCUGCCUCGGCUGCUGCGCGACCGGCUGAAGGACAAGAACUGCGCGAUCGGGUUCUCCCUGCACACCCCCUUCCCUGCGGGCGAUUGGUGGAGAAGUCUGCCGGUGCAGAAGGAUCUGCUGGACGGGAUGCUUGCCAGUGAUGUGAUCGGGUUCCAUACGGAGGAGUACAAGCAGAACAUGGUUCUUUCUGCCGGGACACUGGGCGCAAAAACCGAUACCUCCGGACAAAUCGAGUACAGAGGUCGAAAGGUGGUGGUGGAGAAAUUCAUUGUCGGGAUCGAUCCGCAGAAGUUCGCGGACUCGCAGGCGAACGAAGAUGUGCAGAAACGGAUCAAGGAGCUGCAGGAACGGUACAAGGGCAUGAAGAUCAUUAUUGGGGUGGAUCGGCUGGACCACAUCAAGGGGCUUACACAGAAGCUUAAGGCGUACGACGCGUUCCUGGACCAGCAUCCGGAGCUCAACAACAAGGUCGUUUUGAUUCAAGUGGCCGUGCCGAGUCGUGAAGAUGUCAAGGAGUAUCAGGAUUUGGAGGCGGAGAUCAGCACCAUUGCGGGAAGGAUCAACGGAAAGCACUCAACGGCCGACGGGUGUCCGCUGAUCUACAUGCACCGAUCGGUCAACUUCAGCGAGCUGACGGCAUUGUACUCUGUCGCAGACGCGUGUUUGCUCACAUCUACGCGCGACGGUAUGAACUUGGUUUCGUUCGAAUACGUGGCGUGCCAGGCGCAACGGCACGGUGUGCUGGUCCUGUCGGAGUUUGCUGGAGCGGCGUCGUUCAUGAAAGAGGGCUGUCUGACCUUCCACCCCGCAAAUAUGGCGGAAAUGGUCGAUGCACUUUACAAGGCUGUCACCAUGGGCGAGGAGGACCGAGAGAAGAACUACGAGACUUUGCGAAAGUUUAUCGAGACGAACACUAGUGCGAAAUGGGGAGAGACCUUUAUUGACACGCUGUAUGGACGCUUGAGAAGCUCGUGAGAGUCAAUCCGAACAGGACGAGGAUUAAUUGAGUUACAUGACACGUUAAUACACACGUAAUGAGGUGCGGUGAUGUUGUAUGUACAGAGCGAAACAUAAUUUUCUUUCGCCCAGAGCAUGUGAUCGGCCGAUAUCCAUGCCAAGUCUGCGCAUAUGCUUUCUUUUCCUUCGCUUGUACGAGCGAAAGCUUGUCCCUCCGUGCUUGUAGAAUGUCCUUCUUGCUUGUUGCUAUAGGGUUUCGGAGCUGGGAGCAUGGAAGGUCUUUAGACAGGGGUCAGCGAGAGCAAGGCCCAGAU